ACGAGUGACUUCGGCAAACAUCGUCAUCUGUCGUUAACUCGACUCGAUCAAGGAUGGAGGAAGAGGCACGUAAGCUUCUCGAGGAAGGAAUAGGAAAGAAACUGAUCAGUCCGGGUAAAGGAGAGCUAUCGACCUUUCCCAAUGGAACCAAGGUUGUCUUCCACUACCGCACUAGCCUGUGUGAAGGCAAAGUGCUGGAUGACUCCAGAACCAUGGGGGGCCGCAACAAACCCAUGGAGCUUAUCUUGGGCAAGAAGUUUAAACUAGCUGUGUGGGAGAGAGUGGUCAUCACCAUGAAACAAGGCGAAGUUGCAGAAUUUACCUGCGACAAUAAGCACACAGCCCUGUACCCGCUCGUGUCCCAGUCCCUGAGAAACAUCAGUGCUGGUAAGGACCCCCUGGAAGGCCAGAGGCACUGCUGCGGCAUUGCCCAGAUCCACUCGCACCACUCUCUAGGGCACACAGACCUGGAUCAGCUUCAGGCCAGUCCACAGCCUCUUGUCUUCACCAUCGAGCUGCUGGAGGUUCUGACUCCAGGAUCAUUCCAGCUUGAUGUGUGGGCUAUGACAGACAAAGAAAAAAUCGAGUUUGUGCCUCAGAUCCAUGUGGAGGGCAACGUGCUUUUCAAGCAGGGCCAAAUUAAGGAAGCCACAGAGAAAUACUACAAUGGCAUUGCUUGCCUCAAAAACCUACAGAUGAAGGAGCACCCUGGAGAUGAAGUAUGGGUAAAGUUGGACCAUAUGAUCACACCACUGCUCCUCAACUACUGCCAGUGCAAACUCCUGCAGGGCCAGUACUACGAAGUCAUCGAACACUGCUCAUCCAUAGUGUUCAAAUACGAGGACAAUUUGAAGGCCUUCUACAAGCGGGCUAAGGCCCACGCUGCGGUGUGGAAUGAGGUAGAGGCACGGGCGGACUUUGAUAAGGUGUUGGAGCUGGACCCCUCUCUGGGACCAUCUGUUGCCAAGGAGCUGAAGGCCAUGGAGGACAGGAUCCGCAACAAAGAGAAAGAAGAAAAGGGUCGCUACAAAGGCCUAUUCAACUACAACGAACCACCAGCCACUGCCACUACCGGUUGAAUCUCAACGUGGGAUGGAACAAGAGGAUGAAUUUCAAGACUGAGGAGAAACUGUAGACACUGCUGGUGUUUUAGUUUUUAUCCAUGCACCCAAGCCAAACACUCUGCCCUCCAUGGUACACUCACACACUGUCGGGUCAUACACACAAAGUCCUGCACAUAUACCAAGGUGCGAUUUGCAUUUCUGCUUUAUUUCUAUAACCUCCCUCUCUCUAAAAUCUUAAUUCAUUCUGUAAUUAGGACAUGCUGAUAUUAGCAGCUUGACUUUAAUAUUCCAUAGACACCUGAGGUAUACACCGGUCAACAGCAUCAUUAUUUCAGAGCAUUAUGGUUUUCAAUCCAAGGGAUAUAUAGAUAUAUCAUACUUAUCCAGUUAUGCUUCAGAAAUGUUAACGCUCUUGGUAUAUAAAGGUGCUCACAGUAAUGGGAUACUACCUGCAGAAUGUUACCCAUAGCAACCUUUUUCACAGGAUCUGCUGCAGAGAUUUUUCUUUUUUCUUUUCAUUUAAUGAUGAAUUUAUCAACUGUUUGUGGAAAGUCAUUGUAUUGCAAUUUAUAUAGCAAACACACAUUUUCCCGCAGUAUUCGUAGUUUAAGCAUUUUAUGUUGUCUUGCUUUCUCCGAAAUAUGUGCAGAGCUGUGGGAUAAUUCUAAAAUUCCUCUUAUAUUUAUAGACCAACAAGGAGAUAUUUCAAUGGAUUUUAGAUAGAAAAGCUCUCCCCUCAGAAUACAAGGAAUGUUUUUAUUUUGGCACAAGGGGCAUCAAGUACUCCCAUGCACACCUCUGCCUUGCACCGCUAGACCCCCCUCUUCUAUCUUGGUCACAGCGAAAGCACUGGAAUAUGCAGGAGACCAUUAUCUCCUUAUAGAUGCGACUGGGAAACCCAGCUGUCUGACAAUCAUUAUAUAACACAGUCUUGUGUUAUCUUUGCUUUAUCCUAUGUACUUAUUUCAUUUAUGUUAUAUGCCAUUAUAUUGUUUUUGUCAAGAUGUACUCUACCCUCACCAGUUACUCACUCUUCAUGGGAAGCAGCGAGCCCGACCUGUCUGAAGGGAGAUUUUAUUGAAGUUGUGAUUAUAUAACAAAAAAUAAAUGUGUUUAUCCCCAU